GUCAGUGCAUUGAAACAAGCGCUGCUAGGACUUCUGUCUCGGUAGUUGUACAUCAACACAUGCUGUGGUAUAGAGAUGCAAUGAGUUCUUCAAGAAAACGAGAUGGCAAACUUGAAUCAAUUGAUCAGAGACAGAAAAAGAGUGAAAACAGAAGUUCCAAAAAACAUGAAACCAAGGAUGACAGGAGACAUUCCAGAAAAAGUAGAAGUCCGUUGAGACCUCCUCCAUUAAGACCUCCUCCAUUGAGACCACCUGUAACGUUUAGACCUCGGUUUGGUAGACCGUUUUUCAAAGCCAGGUAUUUUAGAAAGGAAGAACCCUUUUUCAGAACACCAGGAUUCCGUUGUAGGUUCCAAAGAGCACCUUCUGUUGUAAGAUCACGGAGAGGGUUGUCUCCAAAAAGGCCACAUGCAACAUCACCAUCAACUGCCAACCACUGUGAUUUAAAGAAAGAUAGUAAAUGUGCUUCAGAACAGCUAAAAGAUCUGACGGGAAAUAAGUUAUCUCCAAACAAAACUAAUGAUAAGGGUCUGGAGUCUAAUUUCUCAGUUAAGGAACAGAUGUUCCAACAGGUUUCACUUGGCAACAAAGAGCCUUCGUCUUUGGUGGCCCGCGCUGCUUUGCGUAACAGAGCCAUUCAGCGAAAGAGGAAAGAAAUCGAAGAGGUGUACAAGCAAGACUGUGAGACAUUUGGAAUAGUGGUAAAAAUGUUGAUUGCAAAGGACCCUUCUCUGGAGCAGUCAGUCCAGUUUUCUCUACAGGAGAAUCUCAAGGAGAUCGGAUUCCGGUGUGUUGAGGCAAUGCAGGACUUCAUUUGUGAUUAUGACUCGAGGUGUCCCAGCAUACCUGCACAGCACUAGUCUUAAUGUAGUUAUACUGUAUAUACUAUAAUUAGGCUUGCUACUGUUCGGUUUGUAUUUUUUUGCCAAAUCGACAAUUAAUGUCCACCUUUAUUUUUUGAAGUAUUUACCGUUUAUGCCAUUGAGAAACAUCUCAUUUAGCGAAAACCCUUUAUCGUAUUCAACAUGCAACAAAACCAUGGUUACCAACAUUCUAGUUGAAAUAACGUUUGGUCACAGCGGAGCUACCUUGUAUAGAUAAAGGUCCUACACAAAUUUAAAAAUGGUCUCAAAUAAGCCGUAGAAAAUGCAAUAUAAAAGUGUAAUACACAGACUUUUCUUGCACAGAUUUACAAGUAAAAAUAAUAUGCACAGAACAAAACUUUAGAUCGCUGAACAGAAGUAACUUGCACUUAUUAUCCGGAGUCUAAGCUCCACCCCUCUCCUGCACAGCUGGACUCGGAGUCACUGGAAGGUAAGGCAGACGGGCCCGCUUCGUCCUGACGCGGAGACUUCAGACGUCUAUCAGGAUAUUGUGCGCAAUACUCAUUAAGUGUUUUCAUCUUGCGCCCCAUUUUCAAAUCAAACUAGUAACUGUCACCAUAUAUACCUAUAAUAGCAAAAGCCUACCUACACCUUAACCCGCUAAUUUCAAAGUAGGCGCUUUGAAUGACAGGCGCUGUAGCUGGCAAAUGCAAGUGCACAGUCGGUGCAGGUUUGAUUGACAGUCAUUUAAACGAAUGAGAGUACUCUAGCGCUGCUUCAGUCAAUGAAAUCUGUCAGAACAGGAUGAAAUGACUGACGGUGAAACUACAGUAUCCACUGAGUUGACUGACAGCGACCCCCAGCCAUUCAAAGCGGAACGGAGACAGGACAGACAGCAAGUAUUAAAACUACACAAACUAGAGAUGAUUUCUAAAUUAUAAUUUUGGUUAGAAAAAAAAUGGCAAGUGGUUUUACUGACGUUUAUCCUAUAUAAAUUUAUUUCAGUCAAAUUUUACGUUUUAACAAGCUUUACCGAUUCAAAUAAAAAAAGUAGCAAGCCUAACUAUAAUGUAAAUAGUACUGCUGUAAUCUUUUUCAAAGCUUGAUAUUUAUAAAGGGCUUUUUGAUUUAAAAUGACCACAAAUCACCUCCUAUCAUAAUCCGUCGGGAAUUCAUUAUUAAUUAUUUUAAACAAUUUAAUGCCAAAGUAAAUAUAUAGGUUAAAGAGAACAACUUCAGAGCAAUUUGAUACAAGGUUGCUGCUGAUCCUGAAAGCUUGGUAGUUUUUGUCCAGUUCCUGUACAAUUUUCUGUGGACCAGUUUUUUGACAAACAUAUGGAUGCAAUUUUCAAAAUUCUUAGAAUGUUUUAAGCAUGUUUGCAUUUUGUGAUUAUACUAAAUCCCCGUGGUCUACAGAAUUAUGUUUGAGUUGCCUGUGCUGCUCUGUUUAGUACAAAUCAUUUUAGUUCAAACAUUCUGAACUACAUUUGAAAUUGUGAUUAAAUGAUUGCUUUGACGUUGUUAUAGUAAUAAAUUGUAAAUAAACCAAUUUGUGAGAGUAACUAUUCUUCAUAUGUUUACUUGUACUGGCUUAUUACUACAUCACUGCAGUAGAAAAGGGAAAUGUUUAUGCACUAAAGAAAUGGGUUUGCACUGUAAUUGGUAUAUCGAUAUCUUUGUACCAGACAUGCUUAUAUUACAGAUAAUAAAUACAGUAUAACUGGAAGCUGAACAGUGCAAACAGUGAUUCGAACCAGAGAAUAUUUUGAUAAAACGGUCAUUUUGUUGUUUUGUUUUAAUGUUCAUUAAUACUGAAAAGGCAUACAGUCAAUCUUAAGUGUUUUCAGCACUGUUACAGCUUCUGCUUCAUUGAGUAUCAUCAUACAAGCUUUAAGAUGGUGUUGCUGUUUGUCUUGGUAGGAUUGGUUUCAUUUACUUGAGCCGUACCCAUGGGAUCUC